GCCAUGUUUUGAAAUAAAAACAAAGCUGAUUUGAGAACACAUGCAUGGAGAAAGCAACGGGAAGAACGCUUAUCAUCUGUUCCUGAUUGUGUUCGAGAGAAAACGAGUACAAUUGUGACACACAUUGACUAUUUUAAUUGUGAGAAUUAGUACAUUCACUAUACUAAGUCCUCUAAUUGGAGCGUAAGCCAGCAUGUACAAGAAUGCAUGAAUUCACAUUGAAGACAAAAUGUUCACAUUUCAGUCUGCCUUUUCUCAAAGAUCUAAGUUAAAAAAACGAAUGCCAUUCAAACAUAAAUGUUAUUCAUAUGGCGCUGCAUUUUCUAUGAAAGUCUGUUUGCAACAAUACAUGAGUGCUGCUGCUUUUUCUCUGAAAUAAAAUUUACAAAAACACAGAAAGAUUCACAUCGAAAAAAAAAGUCAUUUAAGUGUGGGACAUAUGGUGAUACUUUUCUCUGAAACUCAAAAUUACAAACCCACAUGAAAAUUCACACCGGAAAGAUGCCAUGCAAGUGUGAUUCAUGUGAUGCUGAAUUUUCUCGGAGAAGUUUUUUGCUGAGCCACAUGCAAAUUCACAAUGUAGAGAAACGAUACAAGUGUGAAACCUGUGCUGCUGCUUUCUCUCAAAGAUCUCAUUUGCAGAGCCACAUGCGUAAACACACAGGAGAAAAGCCAUACAAGUGCGAGACAUGUUCUGCUGCUUUUUCUCAUGAAUGCCAUAUGAAGAUCCACAAUAGAAUUCAUACUGGAGAGAAGCCAUACACGUGUCAAACAUGUGAUGCUGCUUUUUCUCAAAGAUCAUAUUUGAAAGGCCACAUUACAAUUCACACAGGCGAGAAGCCAUACAAAUGUGAAUUAUGUGAUGCUGCUUUUUCUAAAAGAUCUGAUUUGCAGAGACAUGUGAGAACUCAUAGCGGAGAAAGGCCAUACAAGUGUGAUAGAUGUGGUGCUGCUUUUUCUCGAAAAUCAACUUUGCAUAGGCACAUUAGAAUACACACAGGAGAUAAACAAUACAAUUGUGAGCAAUGUGGUGCUGCUUUUUCUCGUAGAUCAACUUUGCAAACCCACGUGAAAAUUCAUACCGGAGAGGAUCCAUUGGUAUGUGAGCAAUGUGCUGCUGUUUUUUCUCGAAACUCCAGUUUGCAGAGGCACAUGAGAAUUCACACAGGAGAGAAGCCAUACAAGUGUAUUAUUUGUGAUGCUGCUUUUUCUCAAAGAUCACAUUUGCAAAGACACAUAAGCAUACACCCAGGAGAUACACCAUACAUUUGUGAGCCAUGUGGUGCUGUUUUUUCUCAAAAAUCAAGUUUGCAGAGGCACAUGAGAAUUCACACAGGAGAGAAAACAUACAAGUGUUAGACAUGUGGUCUUGCUUGUUCUGAAAUAUUGGAUGUGAAUAGCACACGUGGAUUUACACCGGAGAGGAGCCAUACAUGUUUGAAAUAUGUGGUAGGGCUUUUUGGUAGGAUUUUUUCUCAAGCUGAUUUAUAGCACUGCGUAAGAAUUAUACAAGGGAAAAAAACAUAGUUAUAUGUUGCUGUUUUCUGCAAAGCCCCGAUUUACAAAAACACAUAAACAAAAACACUCGAGAACUUCCUUGCUCCAUGUCGCCAUACAUGGAUUAUAAGUAUCUUCCAUGGCCGAGAGUGCAAUAUAGGUUUAUUCCGACCCGAGCGUAGGGUGUUUAGCGGAAACGAGGUUUCCGCAAAACAUCUUGCGCGAGGGUCGGGAUGAACCUAUCUUACUCGAGCGGCUAAGGUAGAUGCUUUUUUCCCCACCUCAGUUAAACAAAAUUAAGUAAUAAUGUAUUUUUUGCUGGAACUAUUUUGCGCUUAGUCAAAAUAAUUGCGUAUGGAUAUGCGAUAAUCUGUGGUUGUCAUAGAUAUGUGCGCAGAGAUUCAGAUUAUGUUAAUAGUCAGAUAGUUCUAAGGGGAGUGAAGCAUUAUUUCUUGAAAGGUUCGUGAAAACUGUUUUAUGAUGACAUUUAUAGUGAGAAAUACUUAAAACGUGUUCUAAAUAAUGCCAUAAGAUAAGGUUUCCAUGAUGCUACCGACGGCAUUCUUCAACAAGGGAGGUAACUUUAAUGUGGUGACCAUUAAAAAGUAGUUCCAUACGGGCAUUUAAUCUUCGCCCUUGGGCAAGAUAAGAAUUUUUAGCAUGAUUAAAUUAUUGGAUCUACUUAUCUGAGGUGGGAGAAUAAAUGAUCUUAAAAAAAACUUGGUUCUUAUGUUAAUUUAGUUGUUGCUCCAUAUUUAAUUCAUUCCCUGAAUUUUCUUUAUGAAACUUCGAGCAUAUAUUCGUUAAUGUCGUAUAUACCACUAUUCCUUUUUACAUUUACUAUUAUAUCGGCGUGACACACUAUUCAUAUAUUGAUUUAUAUACUGCACAUUUGAAAAUUUAUUGACUUAUAACUAUGCAACUUGAUUAAUAUGUUAUUUUCAUAUUAAGUUGUGCCAUAUCUCCUACAUUAAUCAAAUUACCCUCAUCAAGAUGGGUUUAUAAUUUCAUUUCGUUUUUACCUUAGAUGUCCUUUAUUUUCUAGGUGAGUCAUAUCGAAAUUUUGUCCAUAUGUUAAUUUCGUAUUUGCUCCAUAUUUCCUCAUUCAUUGAAUAUUCUGUUUGAAACUUUGUCUGUAUGUUUAAUACUGUUUGUGCUUCUGCGUCAGUUGAUACAAAAUAAAAAUGUGAAGUAAACUCAGUAAAGUAUUACACGGAUAAUAACCAUUUUAUCAUAUCAACUCAUAAUUUCCGUUUGCUCAUCUGCCCUUGUUUUUACGAUCAUUACAAUACGCUACAUACAAAAGGAGGACAAUCAUGGAAAUGUAAAAAAUACAUGUAACCUAUACGUUUAUUUUUGUCUACGCAAAUAUA